CACCAAUGAAAUGUUACUAAACAUAUACUCAAUGAUUUGGCAUUAUUUUAAUUUACACAAAAUCACUAUAUAUAUAUAUAAUUCCUGCCUGAAACUUUCAAAGAAUCGCAGCGAAGGUGUUUUGUGAUUAGUUAUAAAUACUCUGCUAUUGGUUACAACUUAAAUAUCUCAAACUGUAUUGUGUGAGUUUACAUUUUCAAGUAAAACUAAAUUUAAAAUGGGAAGAGUUGACUAUUUGGCUAUGAAGACUAAGGAGGAAACCUCGGCGAGUCUGAUCAAUUCCGAUCUGAAUGAGUUCGUCGCAGCCGCCAAGAGGCUCGUGACAGACGCAGCGAUGCUCGGUGGCUUAGGCUUUGGCACGUCAUUCCUCCAAUGGGCCGCUUCAAUCUCCGCCAUUUAUCUGUUGAUAUUGGAUCGAACAAAUUGGAGAACCAAAAUGUUGACUACCCUUUUAGUGCCAUACAUCUUUUUCACACUUCCUUACGUUAUCUUCAACUUCUUCAGUGGAGAUUUCGGGAAAUGGAUUGCCCUCAUCGCAGUCACAAUAAGGCUUUUCUGCCCUAAGCAGUUUCCAGAUUGGUUGGAGAUUCCGGCAGCACUGGUCCUUCUUGUGGUGGUUGCACCUAGCCUCAUAGCUUGGACACUAAGAGAAAGUUGGGUUGGGGCAGUCAUAUGCCUUGUAAUAGCAUGUUACCUUUUCCAUGAACACAUUAAAGCUUCUGGUGGAUUCAAAAACUCUUUUACUCAAAAGAAUGGAAUCUCCAAUACUAUUGGGAUCGUCGCUCUCCUCAUUUACCCGGUUUGGACCAUCUUUUUUCACAUCUUCUAAGUCGAUCCAACCGACCCGUGGAGAUAUUCAAACAUUCUGUAUUUUGCUUUCAUUUUUAAAGUGUGAAUUGUUGAUGUCUCUUUGGUAAAAUCUUGAAUAAACAAAAGAAAUCUCAAUUGUGAUCUGUAAGAUAUAUGGGAUUGUAUUGUACGUUGCUAAUUGGUUUGUUAAAUGAUCUUGAACACCUUUUAAUGGACAUGAUUUCUUUUAAUGAGCAUUAUCGUACAAUUAA